CCCAGUUUUCAUAUGGGGUUGUAAAAACAGUGACCCUGAAUGGUGUUGCCAGGCAACCAGCAGCUUGGCGGUUUCACACAGCUUUCCUGGCAGUAUUGUCAUUCACGCACAGCAGAGAUCCGCUUCGGUGUCAGACUCUGGGCCAGAGUUGGUGAGCAAACAGGAUGGGUAACUUUCUCUGAGUGAAUAUUAACAAAGCCAACGGCUCCAUGGGCAACAGCUGCCGGGCAACAACGCUUCACCAAACAGCUCAUAAUGUGUUAACAAAGGACAGGAGAAUCCAUCACUUGGCGAUUGGGACAUGUCAGAAAGGUAUGUACCAUUCAGAACAAAUUUAUCUGUGUUCUUUUAAAACAUUUUUUUUCGCCCUCUGGUUCAUGUUAAGCAGCAAAGAGCAUGUAGGAUAAAUUAUAGAAACACCAGGGUCCACUUAUCACCUGCAGACAGGCACUAUUAGAAACUAACAGCACCUGCUCAGAUGUCCACUGGUGCCAUGGCAACGGGUCCUAAUCUGCAUUGUCAGGCCCAGUUCACUGUAACUCUAACCACUCUGCCAGUGGUCAGGGUGUCAGUCAGCACACACACAUGCACACCCCCACAGGGCUUACAUUACAAUAAUGCAGCAUACAUCUAUUUACGCAGGUGAAUGCAUCACAAUCCACACCAUGUCAGGUUUUCCUCGUAACAUUAUCUAUUUUUCCUCUCGUAGUUCUUCUGGUGUGAAUACGCUCAGUGGAAGUUUUCCUAAAUCCCACUCAUCCCAGUACUCAGAGCUCGGAGUUACACGUAGACCUCUCUCAGUGGACCACAGUCCUGAUUCUGGACUGGUAUCUACACCUCUUCCUUCAAGCCGCUUCCAGUUUGUGCCGUGGCACCGCCUGGAGCAGUGUGAGGUCACCGGCGACCAGCUGACCUGCCCCCGGGUUAGAGAAGGACCAUCAGAGGAGGAGUUUCAUUUCAGAGAAGGAAGAAAUUUCUGUUUGGAAAGAGGGAGGAGGAAGAGGAGAGAGGAGGAAGGGAAGAGCUGGGAGGAGAGACUGCAAGAAAAUUGGGAAAACUGUCUGGAGCUAAAUCUGUCCUACCAAAACUUGGGUGAUCCCUACCAGAGGGAGAACUUUUUCCGCAUCCUCCGAAGGUUGAUCCGCGUGGAGAUACUACAGCUGAUCGACAACUCACUCACCGACCUGAGUUCAGUACGUUUGCCAAGGUGCAAAAUGCUAAACCUGCAUCGUAACCACCUGGUGUGUCUGCGUCAGCUGCCAAAGCUCCCAGCAGUGGAGCACCUCUGUUUGUCGGAGAACGCCAUCAGCUCCCUGCGGGGACUGGGGCCUCUGGGGAGCAGCCCACUGCGCUCCCUUAACCUGACCCGCAACCCAGUGACCUUCAGUCGGGACUACCGUGCACAUGUUUUCUCCUGUUUGCCAAACCUGGAGGUCUUGGACGGCAUUCCCAAGCUCCCAGGAGACUCGCUGCCCCUCCGGGUGAAGGGACCGGAAUCCAGCAGGAUGUGUAUCAUUUUAUGACUCUCUUUGAGGGAGGAUGAAAACAGACUUAUUUCUGGUAUUCACUUCGGCAUCGCUUUUAUCCUGCAAAACAACAACAACAACAACACCGAGGAGGCCCGUUUUUAGUUUGAAGGAAAACCAGCUGGGUAACAUUUUCUACAUUUACUUGAGAUUGUCAAAAGCUGCUUGUGAAAAGCUUGAUAAUAAUAUGCAAACCUGAACUGUGUUAAUAUUGA